ACCACAUCGCUUGGACACUCUCUCAAGCUCACCUAACUUCCUUCUCUCCCCGUCUUUCCCAAAAAAGAAAAAAAAAGAAAAAAAAGAAGAAAAAAAAAAAGAAAAAAAAGAAAGAAAACUCUCGCCGGCUUCAUUCCACACCAACGAGCCAUAUCCGAUUAUCAAAAAUGGACUCUACCAGCGUUGCGAUUGCUUCUGCUACUGGGUUGCAAGUGGGGAGUCAGGGAAUGUUGAAGAACUCAACUCUAGUUUGUACUCCAAUAAUGGGGGAAACAGUAGAUAAGAUGAUAAUUGACAUGGUUACGGCAAAAUCCAGUGGUGCUGAUCUUGUGGAGAUCAGAUUGGACAGUUUGAAGUUUUUUGAUCCUCAUGAAGACCUCAAGGCGCUGAUUAAAGGCAGCCCUUUGCCCACCCUAUUCACUUAUAGACCAAUAUGGGAAGGUGGUCAGUAUGAUGGUGAUGAAAAAACGCGACUGGAUGCACUUCGACUAGCCAUGGAGUAUGGUGCCGAUUAUGUAGAUGUUGAGCUUCAGGUUGCUCAUGAAUUCAAUGAAUCCCUGUAUGGAAAGAAGCCUGAAAAAUCCAAGGUCAUUGUUUCUUCUCAUAACUAUCAAAAUACACCAUCUGUUGAGGAUCUUGGCAACCUUGUAGCACGAAUACAAGCAACUGGAGCUGACAUCGUGAAGAUUGCAACGACUGCCUUGGAUAUCAUCGAUGUGGCACGCAUUUUCCAUAUAACCGUGCAUUCUCAAGUUCCAACAAUAGGACUUGUUAUGGGUGAGAGGGGUUUGAUUUCGCGGAUACUUUGCGCAAAAUUUGGUGGUUUUCUCAGUUUUGGUACUCUGGAAUCGAGAAUUGUUUCAGCUCCUGGUCAACCUACCAUGAAUGACCUUCUACAUCUAUACAAUUUCAGACAUAUAGGGCCUGACACAAAAGUUUUUGGUGUAAUCGGAAAGCCAGUUGGCCACAGCAAAUCGCCCAUUUUAUUUAAUGAAGCAUUCAAGUCAGUUGGCUUCAAUGGGAUUUAUCUACAUUUGUUGGUAGAUGACAUUGCAAAUUUUCUCCAAACUUACUCAUCCGUAGAUUUUGCUGGAUUCAGUGUUACAAUUCCUCACAAGGAAGCUGCACUUAAGUGCUGUGACGAGGUUGAUCCAGUUGCAAAGUCAAUAGGAGCUGUUAAUUGCAUUAUAAGAAGGGAAAGUGAUGGGAAGUUAUUGGGAUUCAAUACAGACUACAUUGGUGCAAUCUCGGCCAUUGAAGAUGGAUUACGAGGUUCGCAUAAUGGUAGCAGUAUGGCUGGUUCUCCUUUAGCCGGUAAGCUGUUCAUUGUCAUUGGUGCUGGCGGUGCUGGCAAGGCACUCGCUUAUGGUGCAAAAGAGAAGGGAGCAAGGGUUGUUAUUGUCAAUCGCACCUAUGAUCGAGCUAGAGAAAUUGCAGACACAAUUGGAGGCGAGGCUUUAUCACUUGCUGACUUGGAUAAUUUCCAUCCAGAGGAUGGAAUGAUUCUUGCAAACACAACAUCUAUUGGAAUGCAGCCAAAAAUCAAUGAAACGCCUAUUUCUAAGAACGCUCUGAGGCAUUACUGUCUGGUUUUCGAUGCUGUCUAUACUCCCAAAAUAACCAGACUUCUCCGAGAAGCGGCGGAAUGUGGAGCCACCAUUGUUACCGGGUUGGAGAUGUUCAUAGGCCAAGCAUAUCAACAGUUUGAGAGAUUCACUGGAUUGCCAGCACCCAAGGAACACUUCAAAAAAGUUAUGGCACGUUAUUGAGGUCUGUCUGGCUAUUCUUUUGUACGUCCACAACUACACUGAUUUUUUUUUUUUCCUGUAUCCAAACUAAACUUUCUUUCUCAAGUGGAGUGUAUUACAGUUACAAUUUCUUUUUAUUUUUUAUUCUUAAACUCUCUUGAUAACUAUUGACUUCCAUUUCUUCAAUUCAUUCACCUCAAGAAAAUGUAUUCAAGGAUUUUCUGGAGUUGGUCAAUUACUUUAUUGUCAAUUCUGUUAUGUAAACCACAAAUUAUUGGCUCCUUGGACGGUUGUAUGCCAAUUAGUUAAUAAAUGUUGUCCAGACGAUUUGAAGAACCUAAA